UUAGGGCGUCUUUAGAAAGGACUUUUUUUUUUUUUGUCUUUCGGACAGAAGAACCCAUUGUCCUAAACGGUGAAUAGUUCAACAACAGACUGUCCUUGGAAAUGUGUUACUUGAGUCAAACGCCCGCUUAGGGCCGUGAACGCAGACAUUUUCAGAAUUUAAUCGAUGACGUCCACACCUGGAACUCGAUGGUCGAAUCGUGCAUUGACAACGCUCUCCGGUGUUGUCGGAAGCACCUUCGCGUGUGUCGCAGGGACGUAAUCGCAUAAAGUCACCCGCUCUCCUGUCUCGUGUACCAUAGGGUUUCUGCACUUACGAAUUUCGCAAAGCAUGCAGCCAACGAGUCGUCUUCUCUCCCGCGCUCGUCGGCAUUCCUUCACAUGUAACCGCUACACAUCUAUCUUCCCGCUCGUCAUCCCGUUCGAAAUCCUCAUUUCCCUAGUUCCUCGCAGGAGCAUCUCCACUCCGUCACUUGGGUUGGAAAUGGCCCUUUCCCACCCCGUCUACACGGUCUGGGGAUCCAACACUGGCGUCGGGAAAACGCUAGUGUCUGCUGGCCUCGCAACGGCAGUGCUCUGCCCUGCCUCAAGGCCCUCGUGCCCUUCAACAUUCCUCUAUGUUAAGCCCGUUCAGACGGGAUUUCCGGACGAUUCCGAUUCUCGGUUUGUCUUCCGUAAAACCUGCGAGUUUUUCCUUCACCAGAGACCGAAAACCAGCUUGUUUGCGUCGAAUCAGGCGGUUAAGUCCUCUGUCGUUGCGGCGAAGAGGCUGCCUGAUCUAUCGAUCGAUGAGAGGACUGGAAAUGAUAGUGGACUUAGGGAGCUAUGCUCUUUCGAGGAGCGGAGGAUGUGCGGUGCGGAUUCCCCGACGGAUGGAUUCGAAUUGGUGUGCAAGACGCUGUACGGGUGGAAGGAGGCAGUGUCUCCGCAUCUGGCGGCAGAGAAGGAAGGUGGGGUAGUUAGUGACGAGGAGUUGAUUGAUUCGUUGCAGAAGUGCUUGCAUCUGCACUAUGUGGAUGGAGAUUUUGGGAGCGAAGCCCGGAUGUGGAGCGUGAUCGAGACUGCUGGCGGUGUCGCUAGCCCAGGGCCUUCUGGGUCGCUUCAGUGUGAUAUUUAUAGAGCGUUUCGUUUACCAGCUAUUCUUGUUGGUGAUGGACGCUUAGGCGGCAUUUCUGGAACUAUUUCUGCUUAUGAAAGUUUGAAACUUAGAGGAUAUGAUAUUCCUGCAGUUAUUUUGGAAGAUCAUGGCCUGCGUAAUGAGGAGAGCCUAUUGUCCUACUUGAGGAAUAGGGUGCAUGUGUUUGUCCUCCCAACAGUACCAAAAGACUUGUCCGAUAACUUGAUGAUUUGGUUUAGUGAAUCACAAACAGUGUUUAGUUCCCUGAAGGAGAUAUUGCUGGAUCAGUAUUUGAAAAGGAUUCACAGGUUCAGGGAAAUGCAAAAGAAAGCAGGAACUAUGCUGUGGUGGCCAUUUACUCAGCAUAAGCUUGUGCCAGAUGAGAACAUUACAGUUAUUGAUUCUAGAUGUGGAGAGAACUUUGCUGUUUACAAGGCUGCAAAAGAUGGGAAGCGUUCUGUGAUUUCUCAACAGUUUGAUGCAUGUGCAAGUUGGUGGACUCAGGGACCUGACGUUGCACUGCAGAUAGACCUUGCACAAGAUAUGGGUUAUGCGGCUGCAAGGUAUGGGCAUGUGAUGUUUCCUGAGAAUGUCUAUGAGCCUGCAUUGCGUUGCACUGAGCUGUUGAUAGAAGGUGUAGGAAAAGGCUGGGCAUCUCGUACAUACUUCUCUGACAAUGGGUCAACUGCUAUAGAAAUUGCUCUCAAGAUGGCAUUCCGCAAAUACUCUGUUGACCAUGGGAUCCUUUCAAGACUAACCAAUGUGAAACCACACAUGGACACCAUAGACUUUAAGGUAUUGGCCCUCAAUGGCUCUUAUCAUGGUGAUACUUUGGGUGCCAUGGAAGCGCAAGCACCAUCGCCGUUUACAGGCUUUCUGCAGCAGCCAUGGUAUACAGGGAGAGGGCUUUUUCUUGAUCCACCAACUGUCUUUCUCAGCAAUAUGGUUUGGAAACUUCAGUUGCCAAGUGUUCUGCAAUCUCACCAUUUGAGUAGAGAUAUCCUUUCAUUUGGCUGUCGCAAUCAGCUAUUUUCCAGAAACAGGGAUAUUUCUGCUCUGUCCCAAGCAUAUUCUGAUUAUAUAUCAGGCCAGUUGUCCUUAUGCGAGGGGUCAAAAAGUUCUUAUAUUGCUGCACUGAUCAUUGAACCAGUUAUCCAAGGUGCUGGUGGUAUGCAUAUGAUUGAUCCACUUUUCCAGAGGAUUCUUAUCAAUGAGUGUCAUGAGCGCGGCAUUCCAGUCAUAUACGAUGAAGUAUUUACAGGCUUUUGGCGCCUUGGGGUUGAGUCUGCAGCAGAACUGUUAGGCCGUCAACCAGAUAUAGCCUGCUAUGCGAAGCUGAUGACUGGAGGGGUUAUACCUUUGGCGGCCACAUUGGCCACAGAAGCUGUCUAUAAUUCCUUCAGUGGAGAUUCUAAGCUUAUGGCACUUCUCCAUGGACACUCUUAUUCUGCACACGCUUUGGGAUGCACAGCUGCAGUUAAGGCUAUUCAAUGGUUCAAGGACCCCCAUACUAAUCGUAAUAUUAUUCCUCAGAAAAUGCUGCUAAGAGAGUUGUGGGAUUCUGAACUCGUGUACCAGCUAUCGGCUAAGUCGCCUGUGAAACGUGUUAUAGCUUUGGGAACGUUAUGUGCCAUAGAGUUAAAUUCAGAAAGUAACGAUUCUGGGUAUGCAUCGCUCUGUUCCAGCUUUCUUAUACGGGAACUUCGUCGUGAUGGUAUUUACUUGAGGCCCCUGGGGAAUGUUAUUUACCUUAUGUGUGGUCCGUGCACAUGUCCUCAGGUGUGUCGUCAGGUCCUUGAGAAAGUGUAUGAGAGAAUCAGUGGGACCAACACGUUUUAGCUGGUUUUGCUGAAACAUUAACUGCAUUGCUUCUGGUUAGAUGAUAUGAUAUGUUGAUCGAAACUGAAAAAAAAUUAUCUUUGUUUGUUUCGUCAGUUGUCAAUCUAGAUCCUUUAAUCAUUUGAGGCUUUUUAUUCUUCUUUUCGUCA